GUGACGUGCAGGAGGAGGAGGAGUGUUUCCCCCUUCAGCCCCUCCGGACUCUGGUCAGGACCCCAGAACAGGGAAGACUCAGGCAGGAAAAAGGUGAAGAACAUGAAGAGCCCGGUGGUGUUGUUGUUGUGCCUGGUCCUGCUGACGAUCUACACAGAUGCCAACCCUAUCAUCAAGGAGAGCUUCGCUAAGCAGCUGCUCCGAAGCAAGAGGCAGGAGCGACCAUUGAAGGCUGGCCACCCCGAUGAGCCAAUGAGGGAGCACAUGCUUCACAUGCAGGCUCUGGAUCAGCGGGCCCAGGAGACCAACAUGGAGAACUGGCUGAACCCCCACUGCCCCCCUCGCUGUGACAGGAACUACGGACACCCCGUCUGAUGAUGAAGAAAGACCAGGAGGGACAGCAGCACGGACUCAACAGCAGCAACAAUGAAAAAUCUUGAAGGAAAAAAAUCCUUUCUUUCUUUCUUUCUUUCUUUCUUUCUUUCCCUAAAUAUGACCAUGUGAAGCAGGUUGAAUAAACGGUCAUGCAUAUAAUCUCACUGUACUACAGCUGUGAAUUUAAACCUGCAAUUGUCAGUAUUACUGCAUUAAUAUUCCUGACUGUGCAUCAUGUAUGGUCACAGAGUGGAGUGUAUUGAUAGUGCGUAUAAUCCCGAAUAAAUCCAAAUGCAUGAGUG